AUGAACGCCGCUCCAGCAAAGUUCCCCAAUCCUUUUGUACUGGGAACGUACAGCAAUAAGCGUGCGCCUGCCCAUGCUGGAGGUAAGCUCCGAGCUGCCGUGUGUGACUCGAUACCCCCACAUUCGAGCUCGGGUCAUCAUCGUCGUCAGCAUUGCGCAUCGAUCGACUGGUGAGCUCCGAGGCGCCGAGCGCCUGAAUCGAAUGCAAUGUCUUUACAUUUUUUUCCUUGUAGUGAAUUGGCGACCUCCAGGGAGCUCGUGUCGCCGAGCAUAUGCCUCGAGGCUUCGCGAACUUCGGGCAACCUGCCGCCGUCUGCCGCCGUCUCGCCCACUGACGCGCGGCCUGGCACCGACCCAAAGUGUCGCGCUGUUAACUUUUCGGACUUGAUCGGCUCACUCGGCCAUAGUCUCAAGGGGGGGGGAGGGGGGUUCCCCUAGAAUAUUCUACUUAUCGUCACCCUCUUCAUAAAUUACGUUUCACACAGACCCGUACGCGCUGCAAGAGAUCGAGAUGAAGGCCCUCUCGUACAAGAUCCGCACGACCGAGCCCGACUGGCACGAGCAACGACACGACCCGGAUGUGAAGGCGGAGUGGAAGAAGGAUGCGCUGGAGAAGAGUAAACGAAAAUCCGAGCGAGAGCAACGCUGCAGCGCCCAUCAGCCGAUGACGGCGGGGAUGAUCGACUACGCGUUCGAUGAGUUGGAGGAUUUCGCCCGUUUCGACGUCGCGGUGGGCGGCAAGUGGUGGGUGAGUGACGCGGAUCAAGUGGCACAACGCCCCAGUCGAAAUGUUCGGAUGUAGUGAGCACCUGCUGAUGUUUCCCUGCUAUUUUGACACGCUUGACGACUUGCGAUUAGCAAGCCUGCUUCGAUGCAAUCUACGAAUCGGAUCGCGUCGUACCUGAUGACCUUCGCACGUCGCUGCUUGGCCAAGUCCUCCAGGUGGAGAAUGCAAAUAGGCUGCGCAGUGCAGCCUCGCGAUCACAAGUCAAUGCUAUCGUCGACCCCUCGUGGUACCCGCUCAUGUACGGCCGAACACUUGUCCGUGCUGGUGACAGUGAUGCGGCUCGCGACCCGCCGACUGCGACCACGGCUCGCGUGGCCGAGAAACCUUCAAGGCCCGAGAACACCCAAGAAUACAAGUACACCUCGAAAAAGUACCAAUGGCUCCCAGCGGACUUUGAAAUCGACUCCAAGGGCCAGGUCAAAAUCCUCUCGUACAUCAACGACCUCGAUCCCAGCGACCAUGUCGCGCUGUACUCGUCCAUCGCCAGCGUCUUUGCCGAGCUCGUUCCGCUCCUCGAUCAGACCCUCUCUGAUCUUCUUCAGGCUGCUCCUCCUAUCAUUCCCGCCGCGUGUGUAAGCUACUGGUACGAAGAUGAUUACGAACCUCGAUACUCGAGGCACGACUACCUAGGCAUGGACAAACACAUGCGUCGUCACGCGCGCGAAAUGGCCUACCUCGAAAGGCUGGAGCACCGCCGCUUCGUCCUCCCGUCGCCCUCGUCCUUCGAGCCCUCAAGCACGGAGAAGAUCCAAGCCCGGCUUGACAAUCCCUGUUUCACUCUCAAAGGUCGCACCGUGCAGGUCGUCGUCAAGUUCAUCAACUACAAGCUGACCCCGGAUCAACCUACCUACGACGGAGACGAAUGGCGUGUCGUCGGGCUCAGGAACGAAUGCGUCGUCGCUACAGCGCUCUACUGUUACGACGAAGAAAACGUCACAGAAUCGUCCCUAGCUUUCCGAAGCACCUUUGACGAGUCCGAUCUGCCCCAUCCGCGCUCGGAGGAACACGAAUACGCUCUAGCAAGUAUCUUUGGCAUCGAGGAAGCCUCGACGACGGUGCAGUUGCUCAAUUCGGUGCCGACGGCCCAGGGCCGUUGCCUCACGUUCCCCAACGUUUAUCAACAUCGAACCGGUCGCUUCUCUCUCCGGGAUAAGACCAAAACGGGGCACCGCAAGCUCAUGGCCUUCUUUUUGAUCGAUCCCACCCAGCGCAUCACUUCGACGACCGAUGUCGCGCCGCAGCAGCGAGAGUGGAUCGAGCGCACCUUGCUCGGAUCCAAACGCACCAUCGAUUCCCUGAGCUACUUGGGAUCAAUCUUUCACAAGCUACCGAUUGAGCUAUGGACUCGUAUCGUCGACUUGACCGAGGGCUUGAUGAAACCUCGUGAGGCCAAGUCGCACCGAAAUAAGAUGGAAGCAGAGCGCAGCACCAUGCUUAAUGCGUACAGCCGAAAGGUGUUUGUCCGCCCCCUCGCCUAG